GGCAAUGUGGUUGGUUGUUGCGGUGAGCAUGGUAGUGGUUGCACUUGCACCACCGCAGGCGGAGGCUGCCAUCUCAUGCGGCACGGUGGCGAGCACCCUCUCCCCAUGCAUCAACUUCGUGCUCUACGGUGGGCCUACGCCGCCGACCAGUUGCUGCGAGGGGAUAAAGACGCUCUACAACGAGGCCACCGCCACCGCCGACCGCCAGGCGGUUUGCUCCUGCUUGAAGUCUGUGGCCAGCUCCGCCACCCCGGCUAUCAUCAGCAACGCCGCCGCGCUUCCAGGGAAAUGUGGUGUCUCUAUUCCCUACAAGAUCAGCCCCUCCACUGACUGCUCCAGUGUUCACUGAAGUUUAUGUCUCUCCUUGUGGACCACGUCGUAGCAGAGUACUGAUGUUUGAAUAAUGAAUUUUGUAAGAGUUCAAAUCAUGUAGCUCUGAUUGAGGGUUUUAUGAAAUUAAUUAAUGAUGUUGUUAUCUUUAUUAAUUAAUGAUUUACGUCUGUUUGUUU